AUGGGAGACGAGACUGCUAAUCGUCCCGACAUGGUGGAAGCUGCUAGGAAAUUUAUGCUUACGCCCAAGGUUCGUGAUACAUCAUAUGAAGAGCAGAGGGUUUUUCUUCUUUCAAAAGGUGUAACGGAAUCUGAAAUCGCUGAAGCUAGAUCAUGUUAUGAGGGACAAAUGAAUGCUCAAAGUAGUUUAAGUAGAUUCAUGUCUAUCAUCCAAACGGCCUCCAUCUUUGGUUGUGUUUCAUAUGCAGGCUAUCGUUUUUUACGCUCAUUUAUUUUGCCUCGUUUCUUUGACAUCGCCGAUCCAGCUACUGAGGAAGUACGACAGUUACAGAUGCAAGUGAACGAACUACAAAACUCCAUCAAGUUUGUACUGGAUAGCAUAUCACAAAGUACAUCUGUGCUUUUAAGUCAACAACAAGAGGUCAACCGUGCGUUGUUGACCGUUGGACAACGGGACACAGAUAUCAGCAGGGUCGAGGAUGGUAUUUCCACUAUUAAGAGCUUGCUGUUAAGUCAUAACAAUUUCGCUCCUAUACUCGCGCCAAGCGCUAAAACUGCCGAACUUCCUUGUUGGCAGCAGGUUGAAUCGUCUUCAGCGUUGACUGCCAGUUCUGGUUAUUCGACGCCACCAGCUAAUGGUGUGGAAGCCAUUGAAGAGCUCUGUGGUGAUAAAAAGGUUGCGGAAGUUCACAAUUGA